AUGGACCACCCAGCAGACAAGCAAACCCCACCGCAGUGUAAGGCUGAGAAGCACGAUGCAACCGCAAAGCCCAGCGACACCCGCCCUGCAGCACCCACACACGAAGAGGACCCACAGCAUCCAGGUCCAAGAACAUGCCCAACACCCAUACCCCUGCCAGAAGUAGCCCCGCGAGGAAACCCACACAGAAGCCCGAGAUCAGUCCAUCCCGAGAUCAACCCUGGCCAGUCCGCCUGCCCAAACCAUGCAGACCCCUCCAACCCCCCUCCCCCAGACAGAACCAGGACCGGCGUCAGGAACCAGAACUUGAACUGGAACCAUCCAGGUCCAAACGAUGCCCAUCCCCACCCAAGGCCAACCACCCACAUCCACCCCAGAAGAAAAACUACACCCACCCCAACAUUCGAACAACUCCCAGAACACAUAAGACAUUUGACACCCAGGUUGACUCCACCUCACCCCCUCCCACAGAUCCUCCGCCCUGCCAGCAGAGUGCACUCCUUGAAGGAGAGAGCACCUGCAAUGAGAUGGUACCUACCCGGCAGUUUAGGAGGCCCCUAUGGCCACCGAUUCACCGAAGGCCCCCGGGCCGGUGCCGGGUGCCAGAACAUGCGCCGGCCCAAAAACCCCGGUGACAUACCUGCCCACACCCAAGCCCCCCAGGCCCAGCCAGGACCCCAGCCCGGGGGCAACACACACCAGGAACCUAGAGCCCCCAAGCAAAUCCCAGACCCGCCCAGGAGCAGCCCGGCCACCAGGCCAGUAACCUAUGUCCGCCGGCACAAGCUCCCCAAAAGCAUCGCAUGCAGCCACCAAAGUCCCACCCCGGUUGGGGCCAUAGCCCCCGGCACCAGAUCCCCCAGCGGCUCAAGCCCAGGGACACCCCAAAUGCCCCAAACCCAGACAACCCCCCCGCAUCUGCCACAAUGCCCCACAGAAUGA